ACCGAGAAUUAGCCAAUCAGAGGAAAGGAAGGGAGGGUCGUGACAUCGUUUUAGAAAAAAAAGGUUAACCAGGAAGUGGCUAGCAAGCUAGCAUCGUAGAAUGAGGUGCUGAGACUCUGGUACCUUCACAGCUUGAGAAAGGCAGGAUGGGCAGGCAGAGGAAGAGGGUGGUGACGGGUGAAGCUGUUCCCCUACUGCGGAAAGACGACAAGCCCCCUGCAUUUCACCGAAAAGAGAAGAAGAAGAAAGUGGAUAUUGGCAAAGUAUUCAUUAACAUCUCCAUUGGCCUUUGCAUAUUCAGUCUGGCCUGGUUCUUUUACGCCCUGCACAUGCGCUCGAGCCUGGCAAAGCGCGUGGUGACCCUGCACCCGUCACCUCGUGUCCUGGACGCCAACAGCAGCAGUGCCCCGGUCUCCGCAGAGAGGUUCUGGGGCUCAUACAGGCCUCAGGUGUAUUUUGGCAUGAAAACCAGGAGUUCCAGGUCGAUUGUGACAGGUAUGAUGUGGAUGCGUCAGUUUGCUGACAUGGAUGUAAACCUGAGGCACACCUGUGAGCAAGGGGACCGCUUGCAGGGCUACGGCUGGUUGAUGCAUGACGGCCUCACCUUUGGCGUCCAGGAAAUCCGUGACAACGAUUUCACAUUAACGACAGAGUUCGUCAAGAGGAUGGGAGGGGAUCACGGGGGAGACUGGACAUGGAGGGUCACUGCCAAACAGCAUAGCUCGGCCCCUCAAGCGCCAGUCCUCUCCCUAAUGUUUUACACAGCAACAGACACCCAGGGCUCACUGGAGGCUCACCUUGAGGACGGAAACCGCCUGGCGUCCGUCACCGGUUUCUCCGAAGAACUUGGAAACUUUAAGAUCACUUUCCGAAAGCCAGUUACUGGGGAAUUAUCCAGUGCCAAAUAUGCAACCUACAACUAUCUUCAGACUGUCUCUCCUGGCUUGGAGAAGCUGACUGACAUUGUGAAGCAAAGUCUGAACCGUAGGUUUAUCUACAGCCCUCCUUCUGGUGAGAAAAGGCAUUACAUAGCCGUGGACACCUACCAGCCCCCCCACCAACCGAACCCUGCUGAUACACGGAAGGAGAGUGACUUUGUGGUCCACCAGGUGACCGUCCAGAUGCCGUUCCAGAUCGAAGUUCUGUUUGAGUCGGGGAGCUUCCACAGACGUCCCAACCAGCUUGUGGGCUCAGUCAUGACUCAGGAGCUGGAGAGGAGGAAAGCCGAGUUCGACUCAAAGUUCGAGAAGACUUUUGGCCUCGAAAGCAAAGGUUUCAGCCAGUCGCAGGUUAAGUUUGGCAAGGCAGCGCUCAGCAACAUGUUGGGUGGAAUGGGCUACUUCUACGGCGAGUCCGUGGUACAGUCGGUCUACAAUGAAUACCCGCUCCUCUACCCUGAAGGAGCUUUAUUUACCGCCGUGCCAUCGCGCUCUUUCUUUCCGAGAGGGUUCCUUUGGGACGAGGGCUUUCACCAGCUUUUGCUGAGCAAGUGGGAUCCCCAAGUGACGAGGGAGGCUAUUGCCCACUGGAUAGACCUGAUGAACAUGGAGGGCUGGAUCCCGCGGGAGCAGAUCCUGGGAGACGAGGCUCGCAGCAAAGUCCCCGCCGAGUUUGUCGUUCAGCGAAACGAGAACGCCAACCCACCUACCCUUUUCCUGGCUCUUCAGCAACUCAUCGAGCAGCUCUCGUCACAUUCGGAAGAGCCGGCGUCUCGACCGACCUUGUCUUUCCUUCGACGGCUCUUCCCCCGACUGAAAACGUGGUUUGAAUGGUACAACACCACACAGACGGGGUCUCUGCCAAACUCCUACCGCUGGCGCGGACGCGACAGGGACACCAAUCUUUUCCUCAAUCCCAAGACCUUGACUUCGGGGCUGGACGACUACCCUCGGGCCUCGCACCCGUCGGCAGAUGAGCGCCAUGUGGAUCUGCGCUGCUGGAUGGCCCUGUCCUCGGGCAUCAUGGCGAGUAUAGCUCGGCUCCUAGGCGAGUCUCACCGCGACUUCGAACUCGCCCACCAGGUGCUCAGUGACAACGACCUGCUGAAUGACCUCCACUGGUCAGAGCAACUCGGCGCUUUCAGCGACUUCGGCAACCACACCCAGGCUGUGUCCUUGCAGCAGGAUAAGGUGUACGUGCCUCCCGGGCAACCUCGCCACCAGUUCCCCGUGGCACGUCUUGUGCGCUCGGUCCGCCGGGCGCCCAAGCUCCAGUACGUCAAUGCGUUGGGUUACGUUAGCUUGUUUCCUUUCUUGUUGCACAUUCUUACCCCGGAUUCCCCCAAACUAGAGCACAUCUUCCGUGACAUGAGAGACUCAAACAAGCUGUGGACGCCCUACGGCCUGCGUUCGCUCUCUAAAGCCGAUCCGCUGUACAUGAAGCGAAACACAGAACACGACGCCCCCUACUGGAGGGGGCCGAUAUGGAUUAACGUCAACUACUUGGCCGUCAGAGCCCUGCACCACUACGGCAACACAGACGGGCCACACCGCGAGAAGGCAGCCGCUCUGUACCAGGAGCUCAGGACUAACCUCAUCAAUAAUGUUCACAGACAGUAUGCUGAAACGGGGUACGUCUGGGAACAGUACAACGACGGCACCGGUCGGGGCCAAGGAAGCCACCCCUUCACCGGCUGGUCAGCCCUGACUGUAUUAAUGAUGGCCGAACAGUACUGAUGAGCGGCAGGCUUCAAGUCGUGUUUUCUAAGGUAUUGGCUUUCGUUUAUCUGGAUGUGAUCAUGCUCGGGUGUAAAUAUCAUUGGUUUUGUAAUUAUAUCUUCCAUUUGAAAAAAAUGAAGCAUUUAGGAUCAUACAUUUCCACUCAAUGAAGCAUAAGAUGGAAGAGAACGCUUCACACAGAUAUCAUCUGAACGGCAAAGUCUUCGGUGCAGCGGCCUUUACUUUGUGUGACGCCAAUCACUGCUUGGUGCUUGAGUUCUAUACUCAAGAUGCAUUAAAGAAACACUUGCCACCUCAUUAUGUGGAUGUUGAAAG